UGACCCGGAAGUGAAUCAUUCUGUCUUGACACGUAGGUAGCUAGCAGAGCUGGUUGUGUUUUUCAGUGCUGUGGACAACAACUGCUCAAGCUGCUCGCCAUGUCUGGGUUUGAGAGCUUCAACACAGACUUCUACCAGUCUCCUUACAGUGUAGAUGACCAGAACCAGGGCAGUUACAGCUACAGCAACACAGAAGAUCCGUACAACAAGCCGUACGGUCAGUAUGACUAUUCUCAGCCAAUGGGUUACAGCACGCCGCCGAUGAUGCAGCCUCAGCAGCCUUACACAGGACAGAUCUAUCAGCCCACGCCUGCGUUCACACCCGCCUCCUCACAGUCCCUGUACAGCAGCAGCUUCGAGGAUGAGCCACCACUGCUGGAGGAGUUGGGAAUCAACUUCGACCACAUCUGGCAGAAGACGCUGACGGUGCUGCACCCCAUGAAGGCAGCAGAUGGCAGCAUAAUGAACGAAACGGAUCUGGCUGGUCCCAUGGUGUUCUGCCUGGCCUUCGGGGCUACACUUCUGCUUACGGGUAAGAUCCAGUUCGGCUAUGUGUACGGGAUUAGUGCCAUUGGCUGCCUGGGCAUGUACUGCCUCCUGAACCUCAUGAGCAUGACGGGCGUCUCGUUCGGCUGCGUAGCCAGCGUCCUGGGCUACUGUCUGUUACCCAUGAUCCUCCUCUCCAGCUUCGGUGUGCUCUUCUCCUUACAAGGCUUGCUGGGGAUCGUUUUAACAGCCGCCAUCAUCGGGUGGUGCAGCUUUUCUGCCUCAAAGAUCUUCAUCUCCGCUCUGGUGAUGGACGGCCAGCAGCUGCUCGUGGCUUACCCCUGCGCUCUGCUCUACGGGGUUUUCGCCCUCAUCUCCGUCUUCUGAACUUUCUCUACAGGACAAAUGAUGCACACACCAACACACACUUCCUCAUCCUCGACAGCCACUUGUAAACGAAGUGUGCAGACCAAACCACGAUCCAGCAGAGCCAAGAACCUCCUCAUCACUCUUUAGCACAUUCCCUCUAACAUCUGCCAGAUGUGGCCAGAAGUUCAUUCUCUCUCUCUCUCUCUCUCUCUCUCUCUCUCUCUCUCUUUCAGCCCUGUUUACUCUCGAACCCAUCUCUCCAAUAGCACAGCAGCAAUAUAUUUUCAUAUGUUUUUUUUUUCUUGUUUAGAUUAACAAAAUGAAAUAAAAUGUCUCUCUCCAAAGGCUAAAAGUGGAUCCGAGGCGUGUAUAAUGAAUAAUUGUGUAAUCAGAUUACUAUCUCUCGUUCCUUCGGUGCAACACACAGCUUUCUGUCUUUGUGUCAGUAUAAAACACACAGCUAACUGAUUUCCUCUGUUGUGCUGCUCUGCAUGUUCUCAGUCCCUGAAAAAGCUUUGGUCUGUACAGGAACUGGGGUGUGUGUGUGUGUGUGUGUGUGUGUGUGUGUGUGUGGUUAAUUUAAAAAACACACUCAUACACACUGAAAACUGCACUUCUCUUAGCUCCCCCCCAACCCAGUACUGAAAUUGACAGAAUUCUGGAAACCCGAUCAUUUAAACGAAUUUUAGUUCCGAUCCGUAGCCACAGCUCUCACUGGGGUGUAAUUAUGAACCUCGAGUCAGAUUUUUAUUUCCUAGUUUUGGUGAAAUGUUGCCAUAAAGUCUUUUAAUUUCUUUUGCUGUUUGAAAGGCAGGUAAAAACUUUUGCACAAGCAAACAUUUCACUUCAGUCCAAGCUUCUGGUUUGCUCUUUGUUUGACUUUGUUCAAUAAAUAAAUGUCAGGGAGCCGAGGUCACAUGGCCGCGCCGCCUGCAAUAUUUAUACACCAUGUCAUUUGUGUUUUUUGUUUUUUUUAAAGGAAAGUCCACUUUUUUUUUUUAAUCUCUGUGAAAAGUUAGACGGUGGUUGAGUGUUACACUUGUGCUGUUUCACAGGCCAUGUUUUGAAAAUAAAUUCGGUCGAAGAUGU